AUGUUACUCUACCCACCCAGGCGAUCUCAGGUCUCGGAAUCCUUCGACAUACGCAGAAGUCUAAGUGAGCUAUCCGUUACGGGACGCGCAACCUGGAAUCCCCUUAGCAAUCAUCCGUCAUCACCAACGCGAUAUCCACUUGGAGCACCGUGGAAUGAGGAUAAGGAUGAGGAAGAUGAAGAGUUUACGACUGAAAAUACAACAGAGUUGGAUCCUAAUGGAGUGCAUACCAUCACGCUCGAGAAAAUAGCGGACUACCGCGGAACCUUGCCCUUGGAUGAAGAGGAUGAUAGUCUGGAAGCUGGUCCUUCAGGAUAUCUUCAAGGAUGGACGGGCAACGGAGUCCAGAGUGAAAUGGUGUCAGCCCUCAUUGAGGUUGCUGCUCAGUCCUCCAGUACACGUCCACAAUUAAGUCCUGAACCCGCGCCUGCAGUGGAGAUGGGUGUUGUCUCGUUCACGAAGGGCCAUUCUGACUAUGACGUUGGCGUCGGUCCCCAUCCUGAGUUGUUGAUAAGUGACACAGCCGUUACUAGCACACAGAAAUACACGAUCAUUUCCCAUGAUAAUUCUUUUCUCGACGACGACAACUCGGAUAAUGACGUGGUGGAUAUGAAGGAGUUCAAAGAGGACGAACUUGAGCACUAUGGUUUUCAGAGUGACGACGACACUGACGCUGAUUGGCAGGACGCUUAUAACCACGACGGUCAGCCAGCUAUUAUCGAGUCAUCCCCUGUCAUCGAUGCAACCGCUACUACCGCUGCCGUUUUCGGAUGUCCUAGUUAUCGUGCGUUUUCCAGGGAUGAGAUGAUACAGAGAUGCAAGAAUGUUUUUAGAGUUGAGCCCAAGGACGAGCAGCUGCAGGUCACAGAGCAUUUUGGCCAAGGAUAG